UUGGGCGAUCAACUAGAUUGAGUAGGUAGAACUUGAUGAAACAAAGUUAAAACAAAGUUAAAAAGUUGACAAGAUUAGACAUCAAAUCAAACCCAAAAAACAUGAAUCUCCAAAACUAUCUUCGAUCUUCAAUAAUAAUCUUCAUCCUACACAUUUCCUCAACAAGUGGGAAGCUUCCUCCUUACAUCAAAAUCUGCUCUCAGAAUGACCCAAACAUUGAACAAUGCAUCGUUGACUCUGUUAUGAGCUUACAGCCGUUAUUAAGGUCGGGGAAAUUAGUUGAGGAUUAUCAAAUGCCGAGCAUUGAACCGUUCACAUAUGAUGAUUUAGUCAUCGAUCAUGGUCCGGGCUUCAGAAUUGAACUGAAAGAUCUAAAAUCGUGGAAUGGAAGCAACUUUGAAAUUGUCAACGCUAAAGUAAAUCUCGAGAAGCUCACAUUUGACUUUACUGUGACAAUGCCGAAUGUUAAGAUGAUUGGAAAAUAUAAGAUGACUGUUAAGCUUCCAUUAAUCGAGCUAAGUGGAAAUGGCGAGUUGAUCAACCUUUUGAAGAAUUCACGGAUGCGAAUCAAGCUUUACGCCUCGAAAGUUGAAGAAGAAGGCAAAAGUUUUAUUAAAUUCAAUAAAGCUAAUGUAAGAUUUCACAAAGGAGAUUCACAAAUAACUUUAACGAACUUGUUCAAUGGUGACCCAACGCUCACUCGAAUCGGAAAUCAAAUCGUAAAUGACAAUCAGGAUCUCUUUGCAGCAGAAGUGAUGCCAGUUUUGGAGGCUCAAUUUUCAAAAAUCUUCAUGGAAGUGGCAAAUAAAAUUGUGGAAAAUUCAACAUUUGAUGAAAUUAUGCCUCCUUUAUAGAGCUUUAAUUUAAGAUUCUUGGCUGCUUUUUAAGCUUUUGAACUUGAAUAAUUAAAUGUAUUUGAUUUUGAACUUAAAAAAGCUUGAGUAAAGUUUAUGAAAAGCUC